ACUCACUUAAGGAGAGGGUCGCACUAGGAGAUAAGAACCUACAUAGACUGGAUACAUUCGUGCCUCGCACUUUUAAUUGAUUCGUAUUUUAUACACGAGAAGAUAUACUAACCGGUCAGAUUAAUUAAUAGAGGUGGUGUGUUUACCUUUCAUGGGCUAUUGGCACGUUGAGGAAAAUACUGGACGUAUAAUGGAUGACAUUUCUCCGAGUUGUCAAGGAAUGGGAGUGUCUGGCUGAACAUUUAUCAAAACAGGAUAUUUCCCGAGCUUGCCUGCUAUCAAAUCUCACUACAGACAAGCUGUGUCUAGAUGUGAUAAACAGUCGAAGGGAUAUUAUACAGAUUUCUCUGACCAAGGGAAAAAAGAUUUCCUGAAUCGUCAAAUUUAGUUCAGUGCGUGGCGACACAUACGUAUCGUAUGCUCUGCGAUGGAGGCUUCAGAGCUCGGAUUACUUGUCACAGCCCUUUGUUUUAUACCACUCGGGCAUGCAGCGAUACCAGUGUGGGGAACUGUACAGCCAAUAAUUUUGUUAAGUGAAGACACAUCAAUUGGUACGCUACUGCUGAAUCUGACAGCCGAGGGUGCCGACAUCACCAUACUCACUGCUACCGACGACACUGCGAUGCUGGUGAACGUCUCGGAAACCGUUACAAGUGACAACAUCACGUACCACGCUAGCGCCACCCUCGCCACACAACUGGACAGAGAUUUUGAACCAGAAUCUCGAAGGAUAUUCUUCAACGCAUACAGCCCAGGCUUCAAUGAGGUAACCAUAUCUACUCUGUUGCGCAUCAAUGAUGUCAAUGACAACCCGCCAAGUUUCGUCAACAAGCCGUACAGAUGUCAGCCCCUGGAGAACGUGGAUGUUGGCGAGGUGAUAUUCUCCGGUGUCAGCGCCCCCGACCCCGACAAUGGCCCUAUUGUGGAAUUCGCACUGGCCCCGGAUGGUGGAACUGAUGACUUAUUUGGCGUCAACCAGACGGGCGAGUUUACUGCCGACAUCUUCCUGCUACAGAGCCUGGACUAUGAGAAGAGGAACGCCUACACCGUCACCAUAGUCGCCUCGGACCAGGACGGGCUGAACGAGACGACCACGCUGGAGGUCCUCGUGCAGGAUGUGCAGGACACGCCCCCCUUCUUCCUGUUUGAUGUCUACAGGGCAGCCGUGGUUGAGAACAACCCCGCAAAUACAUCCGUGAUACAGGUCCAGGCUGAAGACGGCGACAGGGGCGUCAGUAACUCCGUCGAAUACGCCAUCAUAAAAGGCAAUACAGAACUUUUCUCCAUCGACGAGACGAGUGGCGUCAUUACAACGAAGCAGUCGCUGGACAGAGAAGCACCCAACGUCAUCGAUGUCAACGGCGUGUUUGAUCUCCUGGUGCAGGCCACUGAACUAAACGAGACGUGGCCCCAGUACGGCAACAUCACGAAGACUGUCAACGUCUACGCCACAGUGGAAGACGUCAACGACAACGCUCCGACCUUCAACACAUCCACCCCCUACACGGCUUUCGUCAGGAACGACAUCCCCGACAACUCGCUCAUCUACUUUGAAGGCGAUGGGUACAUGCAAGUCUUUGACAACGACCAGACCGGGAAAAGUGCAACGUUUGUACUGAGUAUAGAACAAGGGGGACAACCCGUGACCAUCUUUGAACCCAGUCCGAGAGAAGUGUUCUCCGAGGCUAACGUCCUCAUCAGGGUGGUCGACGCCUCGGCGCUCCGAGCUCUGGGACAGACGCACGUCACGUUUGAAGUUAUCGCCCGUGAAAUCAACACCGUGGAGAACUAUUACGGCAAGGCCAGCGUAGUGUUGACGAUAGAGCAGGUGGGGGAGGCGUCGACGACCCCCGCACCCCUGGAGGAGAACAUCCUCACAACGUCAGACAUCGUGGUCUUCGUCGUGGGUUUCCUGGUCCUCCUCAAUAUCCUCACCUCCAUCAUCAUCUGCCACCUGAUGCGGGCCCGGAGUCGGAAGGAAGGACUCAACAGAACCGGCUCCAAGUACUACAUCAAGAAACGCCCCACCAACGACUUCACCAACCACGGCCUCCACAACCCCAGCACUACCGAGAUGGUGGAGGUCGACCCCGAGAUCUCGGUCUGUCCUAGACUAGGGAAUGGGGAGUUUGCUGAGUAGAGACGGGGUUAGAGAGUAGAAAAUAUACCGACUGGGGCGGGGUUAGAGAGUAUGGAGUAUGCCGAGUAGGGGCGGGGUUAGAGAGUAUAAAAUAUACCGACUAGGGCGGGGUUAGAGAGUAUUGAGUAUGCCGAGUAGGGGCGGGUUAGAGAGUACAAAGUAUACCGACUUUAAGGAGGCUAGUAUGCCAAAAGGGUCGGGGUAAGGGAGUAGGCCAUCUUCCCGAGGCAAGGGAGUUACUUGACUGGAAUUUCUGUUCUCGAUCGUAGCGCCACCAGUGGUAUUUACGAGUUAUGUCCCUCCUAUUGACCAAUCAUGAUUCCAUCUCU